AUGAAAAAGAUGACGUGGCGUUCGUCGUUCGGCCGUUUGUUAUCAUCCCGAUCACUUCUAGGUAAUAUUUCUCUUUCGCUCUCUCUCUUUCUUUUAUGAUAUCAUCCAUUUCCGCGUGAUAAACACCAUAGAAAACGGCCGAAUUUGCAGUGCGCACUUGCCAAUCAGCACGUAGAAACUACUCGAUGGACACGCCGUCGCUCGAUAUUCAGGGUAUGUAUUUAGCAUAGUUGCCACGGGCCGAAAUUUCCAAAACUCCGGCCCGGCCCGGCCCGGUCGGCCCGGUUCAAAAAGCGGGAAUUCAAAAUUUGAAUUAUUGAUCGCAUGAAGCCAUUUUUUGUAGAAUUAGGGGUUUUUUGCAAGCAUCGAACAUUGAAAAACAAAUGUAUUUCUCAUAAAAAAUUCAUAAUAGCAAAAAAACAAAGAAGAAACACUAAAACUUUAGUUCGAAAAUUUUUUUUGUAAUAACGAAAAAAAAAUUUCCGCGAAAAUUUGAAUUCCCGCCUUUUGAACCGGGCCGGCCGGGCCGGCACUUCACCGACCCGGCCCGGCCCGGGCCGGCACUUUACCGGCCCGGCCCGGCCCGGCCCGGGCCGACCCGGGCCGGCCCGCAUGGCCGGCCCGAAAUCUGGCAAGUCUGGUAUUUAGAUUGAUUUAUAGCUCAACAAAAGACUGACAGUUUCAUAAUGCCGCGUCCAAUGUCUCGGAAAAACCGUAAAAACCGCAGGUUUUUCUGUCCAAAGUCGGCCGAAAUUUGCGUGAAAAACGGGGAUGCGCACAGCUCAAUGAGUGUAACCGUACCCCUAAAACUACGGUAUUUUUUGAAAAUUUGCGCAAGAAAUUUGAGUAUUUUCAAAUAACCUCAAGAAAUUAACAAAUUUUCAAAAAAUACCGUAGUUUUAGGGGUACGGUUACACUCAUUGAGCUGUGCGCACCCCCGUUUUUCACGCAAAUUUCGGCCGACUUUGGACAGAAAAACCUGCGGUUUUUACGGUUUUUCCGAGACAUUGGACGCGGCAUAACUUUUAUCGAAAAAACACAAAAUUGAGAGGUAUUUCGAGUCUUCACCCGAUUCGACACGUCUUUUUCGAAAAAAAAAGCGAUGCUUUCAUGUAGAAAUGUGUUAAGCGAUCCGUGCGAAAUACGCGAACAAAUCGGAGCCGUACCUUCUGGAAGAACGUCUUCCGACGACGGACCCGUUCGAAUUAUUCGACAUUUGGUUUCGCGACGUUGCCAAUCAAUCCGACCUCACUUUCGAGGAAAUCAACGCAGUCUCUCUGUCGACCGUCGGAAAGUUAGUUUAUAGUGCCGAAAACAUGUGACAAAUCAUGGGAAAAGCGCAUAAAAAAUUAAUUCUAAUUCUAAUUUUCAGAGACCUCCGCCCGUCGAGUCGAAUGGUGCUUCUGAAGGCGUACACGCCCACCGGAUUCUCGUUUUUCACGAAUUACACGAGCCGAAAAGGCGGUCAGUUGGAGGAGAAUCCGAACGCGGCGAUGCUUUUUUAUUGGCCGAAAGUCAAUCGACAGGUACGCGCCCAUUUUUCUGAAAAAAUCGCUGUGCUCGAACUUUUUGUCGGCCACUUCAUAAAUCGCUUAUUUUCGCAGGUUCGCGUCGAAGGAGCCGUCGAAAAACUGCCGGACGAGCAGGCGGUGGCCUAUUGGAAUUCUAGGCCACUCGCCAGUCGCAUCGGCUCCAAAUCGAGUGUACAAUCGGAAAUUGUGCCGGAUAGACAGGUAAGGGACCGGGUCCCAGUCGGCCAAGCUUUCGGGCGCUCAAAGUUUCAGUUUUUCAAUUGUUUCAGCAGAAAAUGCUGAAAUCUCAACAAAAAAAACGUCAUUUCCAGUUCCUCGAGUCGAAAAAAGCGGAGCUGACGGAGCUGGCGGCUCGGGAAGGCGCCCAAUCGAUAACGAAGCCCGAUUCGUGGGGCGGAUACCAUCUGAUUCCCCGCUAUUUCGAGUUCUGGCAGGGACAAUCCGACCGGCUUCACGACCGAAUCGUUUUUGAACGGGACGUCGACGUCUGGCUGCUCAAACGAUUGUCGCCGUGA